GAUGGAGUAUUGCGAACUCACAGCCGAUGUUGUGGAAGCUCUCAAUCCCACUCUGCAAAGCAAGCCCACCCUGAAGGAGCUCAGCCUGAGUAACAACACGCUGGGAGAUACAGCUGUGAAGCAGCUGUGCCAGGGACUGGUGGAGGCAAGCUGCAACCUACAGUUAUUACACCUGGAGAACUGUGGCAUAACCAGCGAUAGCUGUCGGGAGAUCAGCACUGUUCUCAGUAGCAAGUCGUCGCUGAUAGACCUCUCCGUAGGGGAUAACAAGAUCGGGGACUCUGGUCUGGCUCUGCUGUGCCAGGGAUUGAUGCAUCCUAACUGCAAAAUCCAGAAGCUAUGGUUAUGGGACUGUGAUCUCACAAGUGCUAGCUGUAGAGAUCUCUCCAGACUCAUCAGUACAAAAGAGACCCUCACAGAGAUCAGUCUGAUAGACAAUAACCUGAGAGACUCGGGGAUGGAGUUACUGUGUCAGGCACUCAAGGAUCCCAAGUCCAAACUCCGGGAGCUAUGGGUUCGGGAGUGCGGACUCACCACUGCCUGCUGCAAAGCUGUCAGCUCUGCUCUUAGCACGAACAAGCACCUGAAAGUCCUGCACAUUGGCGAGAACAAGUUGGGAGAUGCCGGUGUUGAACUCCUCUGCGAAGGGCUGCUGCACCCCAACUGCACCAUCCAGUCCCUGUGGCUGGGUAACUGCGAUCUCACAGCGGCCUGCUGCGCAACCCUCGCCGCAGUCAUGGCUGCCAAGCAGUGCCUCACCGAGCUCGACCUGAGCUACAACUCUCUGGAGGAUGAAGGCAUCAGGAAGAUCUGUGAAGCCUUGAGGAAUCCCAGCUGCAACGUGCAGCAGUUAAUUUUGUACGACAUUUUCUGGAGUUCUGAAGUGGAUGAUGAACUGAGAGCCCUGGAGGAGUCCAAGCCUGAAGUGAAGAUCAUUUCAUGAGUGGUGACUGCCCGCAGCGCAAAGUCAAAGCAACGUCCUCUUCUUAGUCUGAACUUUUUCGUACAUAAAGCUAAUUAACUUAAUAGAGAAUUUUCUUGUACCAAAACCAUUUGUGGAUUCCCUGAGCGGAUGUCGGGGGAGUUGAUCCGCCUUCUGUGCCUCUGUGAUGUACCAACUCCGAGGCUCGUGAAAGUGUACCUUUUCACUACUGCUUUAUUAUCCUUGAAAUAAACAAUUCUGGCAUCUUCUAGAAGUUGGUCUCUACCCUUUAGGAGCUCUUUAAUCCUAUAAUCCCUUCUAA